AUGGAUCGGAGGGAGGGAGUGAAUGAUGGUUUUCCUAGACUUGGACCAAAUGAUUCGCUUCUCCCUGGUCUGAUCGAUGAUGUCGCGCUCAAUUGUCUCGCUUGGGUUAGUAGAUCCGAUUACGCGUCUCUGUCGUGUAUUAAUAAAAGGUAUAGUAAGCUGAUCAAUAGUGGUUAUUUAUAUGGAUUGAGGAAAGAAUUGGGAGUUGUGGAGCAUUUGGUUUAUUUGGUUUGUGAUCCAAGAGGAUGGGUUGCAUUUGAUCCUAAGAUAAGUAGAUGGAUGGCAUUGCCUAAGAUACCGUGCGACGAGUGUUUUAACCACGCGGACAAAGAGUCGUUGGCUGUGGGAUGUGAACUGUUGGUUUUCGGUAGGGAAUUGAUGGAGUUUGCCAUUUGGAAGUAUAGUUUGGUUUGUCGUGGUUGGGUUAAGUGUCAAGAGAUGAACCAACCUCGCUGUUUGUUUGGAUCUAGUAGCCUUGGUUCGAUUGCUAUUGUAGCCGGCGGAAGUGAUAAAUAUGGAAAUGUUUUAAAGUCGGCUGAGUUGUACGACUCUGCAUCAUGUACAUGGGAACUUUUACCAAACAUGCACACACCGCGUAGAUUGUGCUCUAGUUUUUUUAUGGACGGCAAAUUCUACGUGAUUGGUGGAAUGUCGAGCACGACCGUUUCAUUAACUUGCGGGGAGGAAUAUAAUCUUUCAACAAAAUGUUGGCGGAGAAUAGAAGUUGAGCAUCUAACUAACAUGGUGAAGAAAUAUGACAAGGAAAAGAACACUUGGGAAGUAUUGGGAAGGCUUCCCGUACGUGCCGAUUCUUCCAACGGUUGGGGCCUUGCUUUCAAGGCUUGUGGAGACAAACUUUUGGUUGUGGGUGGACAAAGAGGUCCAGAAGGUGAAGCUAUAGUAUUGAAUUCAUGGUGUCCCAAGACCAGUGUUACGAACGGAACCAUAGGUUGGCAGGUACUCGGUAUGAAGGAGCAUGUUGGCGUGUUCGUGUAUAAUUGUGCUGUUAUGGGCUGUUGA